AACUUACUAUGAGUUGAGUUGCCAUGUGAGAAAAUGAUUAGAAUGGCGGCUGAAAAUGUCUAACAAUAUUUCUCAAAAUAGAACUAAACUGAAGUGAUAUUUUAUAAAUUAAAUAUGAGUUUACGUUUUAGGAAGAAGAAGUGAAACCGAUGACUUUUGCGUGACAAUAACAAUCAAUAAAAACUAAAUUUAAUUUAAAUAAUCAUGUAACGACAAUACCUUCCAGUAAUUUAAUCAUGGCCUUUUACUGCGAAUAAUUAUAAAUCUAUACCAAUUCAUCUAUAAGUGUUUAGUGAUGGUGUUUGAAAUGUUUCCGUAGUGUUACUUAGCAACAUGGCAAGGGAUGGAGACUUGCCGACUAUUUUUAAUCCUAAACGAGUUCGUGCUCCUUCUGUGAUAAUAACAAGUGAGGAAGUGGAGACUGAACGAGGGGGUGAAGGUGAUCGUGAUCUUCCGAAUGGGCCCCCAACGCCACUGAGCCCGCGGGCGCCUCUAACACCGCAAACGUCCGUGUCGUCGGCAGUGUCUGCACCACCACUAACGACGCAGCCGUCCCUUCAGCAAGCCUUUAGUGAAUCUGCGGCAAGCAGUCAAGAUGAAGAGCGACAGCUUCGCGAGAAGAAGUGCCCAAGAUCUUGCUGCUCAAAGUUUGCAAAAAAGAUAUACUAUGGAAUCUGUGUCACACUGGUCCUUACUGCCUCCUGGGUGACAUCAACUCACUGCAUCAAGCACAUGUACUUGGAAACUUACCCACCUAUAAUCUAUCCCACUAGCACGGAGACAACUUCUCAGACCUUCAACUAUACUGCUAAGCCCCAAAGUCAAAACUACAAUUUGUACAAUGCCCCCUUCUUCACUGCCUGGUUUUCUACCAACUGGCUCAUAUUGUUCUAUCCCAUCUACAUGAUAGUGAUGCUCAUUCACAACAAGUGCAAAUCUGCCAAUGACAUAGUCUAUGAUGCCUUCAGAGACUUCAGAGAAAAGGGAUUCACUUUUGCUCGCUUCAUCAGCCGCUGUGGAUUGUUCUGCCUGCUGUGGGUGGUGACCAUCUACAUGUACACAUAUUCCUUGAAGAUCCUGCUCUGCACAGAUGUGGUGGCCCUGUUUGCCACCAAUGUCUCAUGCAUCUAUCUGUUGUCCUGGGUCAUAUUACAUGAACAGUUUGUUGGUGUUAGAAUCGUGGCGGCUAUUUUGUGCGACACCGGAAUAGCGUUGCUCGCGUACAUGGACGGCAUCACAGGCAGCUCUACACUUGGUGGAGUUGUACUCGCCGCCUGCGCCGCGGCAGGUUUUGCUAUAUUUAAGGUGCUGUUCCGUAAAGUAAUGGGUGAAGUGAACACUGGCCAGCGCGCGCUGUUUUUCUCCAUCCUGGGCAUCGUGAGCGCCUCCCUCCUGUGGCCGGUGUGCCUCGCGCUCUACCUCACCGGCUCCGAGAUGCUGCCGUCCCCCUCGCACCAAAUGCCCUGGCUUCACCUCAUGGGAGCCAGUGUUGCGCUGUUGGUGUUCCAUCUAGUGUUCCAGUUUGGAAAUAUUGUGACAUACAACAUUUUCGUCUCACUCGCUCUCAUCACUGCUGUACCAGUCUCAGCCGGAUUGGACGUAGCAUUCUACGAAGUGCAGUUCGAGGGCAUGAAGCUGGCCGGCAUCGUGCUGAUCGGCGUGGGCUUCUCGCUCGUCAUGUUCCCCGACAACUGGCCCAACUACAUCAUGCGCCUGCUCAGAUGGAGCCGCCGGCAGCGCGGCAACAACGGCUCGGGGCGCAGCCGCGACGCCAUGGACUUCCGCACCGGCUACAUACGCUCGCACCUGCGCUCGCCCUCCGGCCGCGUGCGGUGACCGCCCGACGACCUCCCCUAAACGAUUAUACGCUCUACUGCGCCGUGAUAACGGUCAAAUUACAACGCUCUGAUCUAACUUUCCUCUUACUGUCGACGAUUUGUUGUUUGGUUACGUAGGAUUGGUUCACCUAAGGACGGGAACCCUCAGAGACGCAUUCGCGCCCUAUAAAAUUUCUUUAAAAAUAUCUAGCGUGGCCGUAUACCGUUGCGGGGUGCCUUAAUUGUGGUCAAAAGGGAAAAUCGGCUUAAACUCAAAAAAAAAAGGGGUACAAAUCUCACGGAAAUAUUAAAGAGUUAUGUGGCGAGGGUAACUUUAAAUGAAUGAUAUGAAUGCAGAAUUGAAUGUUUCUAAUAUUAAAAUUAAACUCAACUUCAGUUGAUCUUAAAAAUUAUCGAUGUUUAUCUUAUGACUUUACAUUUGUAAAGUUUAAACUCUUGAUCUGCUCACUAUCCUCAUGUUAGACCUCCAAAUUAACUGGCCAAAAUUUACAAAUUAUUUCGAUAUACACGUUAUAUACCGAUUCUACAUUUAUAGUUCCGAAAAUAUUACGGUUUCUAAAUAAUACGCCUAAAGGUUAUAUUCAAAUAUAUUCAAUGAACUGAAUCUUCUUCACAUCUCACAUCGUCGCUAAUUAUAUCUAUAUCUUAUCUUAUAAUGAUAUCUAGUGCUUGUAUAAUUUUAUAGAUUUACUUCGACUACCGUCCGUCCUCUCUAUUUGAAGAGCACCUGAAAAUUAUGUUUUAGCAAAAUAAUCUACACUACCAGCAAAUAUUGAGAAAUCGGGAUGCUGAUAACUAAUGAACACUUAUCUCAAUGUGGUUAAAAAUUGAACAGCAACAACGGAUGCCAUUGGGAAAAUGUACUAUUGACAGAUCAAAUGAUUAGAGUAAGGGUUCAAAAUCUAAUUUUACAAAAAAAAGUACAUUUUUGCCAGCAGUAAGCCUAGCACAGGAGCGGCGCGACAGUAUCUUGGCCGGGAGAUAGACUACCCGUCCCACUCUAAUUCAUACAGUGACAAAAAGACGGGUAGUAAAUCUCGCUGGCGGGAUAGUAUCGCGCCGUUUCUGUGCUAGGUCUACUUUGCGCGAGUGCUUUCAUAAUAGCGGACUGUGGGACCUAAUCUGUCAAAGAAACGUUUUCCCUUUGGCGCCCAGUGAAGAGUGAUCUUUGGCAACUUUUUACCCCAUUCUCGACACUACGAUGUACUCAAUACAUCGUAGUGUUCUUUAAAACUUCAAUUACUAAUCUAUAUAUUCUAUCUAUAAUGUAUAAUCUUGAUGUUGUGAUCACCAGUAGUGGUUAGUGUAGGGUUUGGAUCGUGUCAAUGUACGAGGAGGUAAUUCAAUCGUACAUUCAGACGUUCCGAAGGAUGGCUUCCGAAUUUGUCAUUAGAAAUUAUGAUAUCGAAUUUUAAAAUAAGAUCUAGUCGAAUCUAGUCAGGGUAUAAAUAUAUUUGUUAUACACGAAUUGAUUUACUUUUGAAUGUUAUUCUUAUCCAGAAUUUAUUUACUGUAGGUUUUAAUUUAAUUAUUUAUAUAUUUAGAUAUUUUUUCAAGCGCUAUUGCCAUAAGCCAUGCAUUUUCGAGUCAUGGAAUUCCUCGUACCUGUAUUUAGUAUCGAUUUUUACCGACUAUCCAAAUUGUGAAACUGCGUGGCAUGUUGUAUGGGUUUACGCAUCUUCUCGAUUUUAAGUUGACCUUUUUAUGCACGUUAUGCAAGUCCUACUACCGCCCCAAAACGUAGAAAUAAAUAUAAGCAUCACUUAACACCAAGUAAUGGUCAUGCAUGUUAACCUCGUUUACUUUCGUUUAAGCGCUAAAGUCAUUACAAUAUCUAUAUUAUAAUAAUAAUAAUAGUUUUAUUUAGUUAUUGACGUCGACCAUACCUAAAUGUAAACGUUUUUUUCAUGCAUGCACAUAACUAGUAGGUAUAUAUCUCGUAUGUAAUACAUUAGUUGGCUACCGCGUUACCUCGAGGUUUCGACUCUUCGCUCCGUAGUUGUUACAUUAUAGCGUUAAUCAUACAGUAGUAGACGUUAGUUGACGACUGAAUUGUUAAAGUUGGCGUGUGAAUUGAAGGCUUAUAUUGCUGCUGUUUGCAUGGGUCGUUCUUGUAUGUGUUUUAUAAAAAAACAGUAUAAUUUGGAUACAAUGAUUCCUUCGUUGAGAUAGUGGACUGGUUUGAAAUGGUUUUCCUCGUAAUCUGAUCGCUCUAAAUAUCCGCUUAGACGCUUAGCACACUGGAUUCAAUUCGGACGUCACUCUGAUGUUUGAGCGAGAAAACGCUAUGCGCGUAUUAUAGCGACAUCCCGCUCGCACGCCGGAGGGACGUGCGAAUCGGAUCCAGUCUGCUCAGCACCUUAGAUCGCUUUGGCCGACAGUAAAUUAAAUAGAAAAAGCAAUCAACUAUUUUUUUUUUAUAACUCUGUAUCUGUCGUACUUAUGUAUUUUCAGCGUGAUUUGCAAAAACCAGACUUGUUAUGAUGUUGAUAUGUUUAUAUUAUUGUUUGAACAUGUUUUAUUAGUGAAUUUUAAAUAUAUAUUAUAAUAAUAUUUAAGUAAUGUACCAUCAAUGCGUUCUAGUGUCAUAUGUUUUUCUUACGUGCCUUGUUUCACCAGGGUGAUUGUUUUCAUUUCUUCAGUAAUUUAAUUUAUGCUCAGGGGUUCACAGAUCAAAAUACCUAUAUUUAUUGAAAUCAAUCCACGAAUGCACUGAUAAUGAUAAACCAAAACUGAUGGCACUGAAACGCACUAAUAUAGCCCUCAUUCAGUAGAAUUGACACUUCAGAGUCCGCUGCAAACUCGACCGAAUUUCAUUUUCCCAUACAAACAAGUUUCCGUUCUCAUUUUAAAACUACGCGUUGGAUUGUAAUGAAACUUUGCACAUACAAUGACAUAAGGUAUAUCUAUGCCUGUAAUUAGUUCUGAAGGUACAUAAACUAAUUACAUGCAUACAUAUUAUACCUUAUCCUAUUGUAAGUACAUACAACGUUUCGAAGCAAUUUAGGUAGUCGUUUUAAAAUGAGAGCGUAACUACGUUUGCAUGGAGAACCGAGCUUUCUGUGGACUCUUAAAAUAAAACUAAACUGUUAUAAUUAAUAAAAUAAUUAAUUCGAUACUGAAAGUGCAUUUUGUUAAGUAUUUAACCUUUUGAACGCCACGCCUAUCGCACGCGGCGCGUAAUCGUGAACCUUGUCGGUACGCAUAAAGGUUGAUAUCGGGCUGUAGCCGCGCGCGUCAUAUGACGUCUUUGGCGGUCAAAAGGUUAAAUAAGUAUAAUUUUACAUUCUCACAUUAAUGUUGAUCUCUUUUUAAGAUGAAUAUUUAAGUUCGAGUCUACUUUGCGCAUAGCCUGGCGGCGAAACACCGCUCGUUGAGUCCACUACGUAAUUAAGGUGAAUGUGAAGAAGACUGUCUAUAAGGUAAGACCGUCUAAAAGCUCCUUCGUCGAUUUUAACUGUUGCGUUUGUACAUACUCCACUUGCCUAUAGAAGAUCGGUAGAGCAAGAGGAAUGAAGCUUUUCUUUUUUGACUGUGUUUGAGCCUUGGAAGAUUUAACAAUUGGAGACGCCUUGUCUGUAAUUUUCUGUACAAAACAGUCUGCCGAUUUUUGCGGGAGGUACAUCAAAUGAAUACGUACAAAUAGCCAUGUCAGAUAAUCGUCAGUCCAUACAAUGAAUAUGUUCGUUGAUGUUUUCGACAGACGGGUAAGCUCUUAAGGCGACUCGAGUUGUUAAAUCCUCCAAGGUUUGAGCAAAGUAAGUAUACAAAGAGUUCUUGCCCUAAGUCGGUCUUCCCUCCAAUUAUUUCUUAUAUGGCGGUCUUCUCCGCAUUGACUUUAGCUUAUUUGCCUGCAUGUUUCAAACAUUUAUCUUCUAUAACGGGUAAGUGUUGGCCGCGAGGCCAUGUGCAGAUUAAGUUUAUCACUAGCGAUACUAGUCGAGGUGUUGUCACGUUUUUUGUAUCGUGAAGCUCAAUGUAUUUGUUGUGACUGUGAUGUUUUGUAUGGUUGCUUAUCUUUGAAUGUGUAACUUGAUUUAUAUACAACAAUGGCUGCGAUAUAAUAAUAACAUGUGACUGGUACACAUGAAGUUUUAAGUAACAAAAUUAAUAUAAAUUACGAAUAAAUAUGGAAUUAGUUGUAUUAGUGGAAAUAACGGUUGCUACGUUUCGUUUCGUACGGUAGGCACGCCUUACUAGCCUAUAUAUAGGAUAUUCAACGGCAAAUUUACGAUUUCCAAAUGAGAUUAGCAUUAACAAUUAAUUUUCACUGCUGGACAGUGAAAAUGCUGAAGGUAGUGACAAGGAAGGGGGGUUCCUUUCACUAGACAUAUGUAAUGACAUAUUUAAACAGGCUGUUUAUUUAGUCACCUGCAAUAAUUUACGGGGCGAAUACAUAAGUCAUACUGAGCAACUUUUAAUAUGGGACCAACCAAGAAGUUGCAAAAAAAAAAAUUGUCUGUUUCAUACAUUUCGGUUGUCUGACCUUAAUACUUUGUAUGGGAGAGUACAUUUUUUUCGAGAUUUCGGCGUUGGUCCCAUAGUAAAAGUUGCUCAGUGUGACUAGGUACGUUCACUCCGUAAAUUAUUGCAGGUGACUAAAUAAACACCUGUAUAUAUAUGCUAUGCCGAUAUAACGAUCGAUUAUUGAUAAAAUUUAUAAAAGCUGCGUCACAGCUUUGUAUAUGACAAAUAUAUGGGCACAUUUUGAAUGAAAUAAGAAUUCUAUUCAUAAUGUGCCCGUGCAAUUUCGUAACUCGCUCCACAUUUAAAAAAUAUUCAAUUUAAACCAUUAUUGGUUGAUAAUCGGUUAAACAUUUACAAGAUUAUUAGUUAAAUGUUAUUAUUGUAAUGUUAGCAGCCUAAUCCAACUCGAAUAUUUGUAUUCAACAAAAACUUUAUUAGAAACAGAACAUUUAAUUUAAGUAGGAACAUUUAUAUUCAAUGAAUUUAAACAAAUGCACAUUUGUUGUUUCUAACAACAGUCUUUAUUGUUAGUUUGAUUAAAAUGAUGAUUAAAGACUGAAUUAAAUUGAAAAUGACUAAAAUCAAUUACACUGUCGUGAAUUAAAAAUUUAAGUAUAAACGGGACCGGAUUUCGCGGGGGGUGAAGAGGAGAUGACCUUUCGUCUUUUGUCGCUGCCGUACUCCCACAGCGUACUCCCUAUACUUCCACAUAGUAUGGAAGGGUAGACAGCAACAUUUCUACAAAACUCAACGCUGUAUGCAGCGUACGACGUCAAAAAAUCCAAAGUCCUAGUCCAGGGUUCACCAAACUUAAAACGGCCAAAUGUAAAAACAUGCACAAAAGGCCGCUGCGACAGCGGUGAGACUUACUAAACUCGCAACUGUGCCUCGACAAUACGCUGGCAGCUCGCAAGCCGCGGUGUUUUGAAUAAAUUCUCUUUGGUCGGUAGCCAAACUUAAACUUAUGAAAUUGUUACAAUGAAAACAAAAAUUAUCUGUUGUUUUUUAUAUUUAACUGCAUUAGGCUAUUGUUCAAAUUGGCCUUUCUUCACUCCCCGAAGCGAGCCGAACCGCAACGAGUUAGUUAUGUAUUUAAGUAGAGAAAUGUUUAUUAAGUCGGUGUUAGUUUAGAUGAAAGUGAUUUAUGUACUAGGACACGUUAGUAGAAGCAACAUGUUAUUGUACGUAAUGAGUAGCUGACACGAGAUAACACAUUGGCCCCUGUGAUUCAUUCAGUUAAAUCUAGGAUUUGAUAGUCAUUAAAUAAGAUUUGUCAUAGAA